AUGGCUGAAGAGGUUGAAGGAGUUAAGGGUGCUAAUAAUGUCACUAACACAAUUGCUAUGGAUGAUGAUAGAGAGAGAGCCAUAAGGGAAGCCUCAACAAGUCGAAAAGUGGCUGGUAUACUUGAAGUGGAUGCAUUGACAACUUUGACUGCUCAAGUUUCUUCAAUGACUAACCUUUUCAAGAACAUGCAUUUGAGAGUUGUCCUUCGAAUGGUACAACCAAUUGCUAUGGGACAAGUUGCCGAUGUAUCUUGUGUUUAUUGUGGAGAUGGGCAUGUAUUUGAGAGUUGUCCUUUGAAUCCCGCUUCAGUUUGUUAUGUGGGGAAUCAAAAUGCCAACCGAAAUAACCCAUACUCGAACUCUUACAAUCCGAGGUGGAGGCAGCAUCGAAACUUCUCAUGGGGGGGUCAAGGAGCUAGUUCAAGCGGAGCACCAAUGCAAAACAAGACUACACAUCCACCGGGGUUUUCUCAACAACAACCAAGGGCUCAACCACCUCCUCCUCAAGUGUCGAAAUCAAGCUCGUUGGAGAGUUUAAUGAAAGAAUAUAUGGCCAAGAACAAUGCUGUGAUUCAGAGCCAGGCGACAUCCUUGAGGAACUUAGAAAUUCAAAUGGGGCAACUAGCCAAUGAGCUAAGGAAUAGACCACAAGGCACCUUGCCUAGUGAUACUGAAAAUCCAAGGAGAGAUGGUAAAGAGCAAUGCAAGGCGAUCACUUUGAGGAAUGGUAAAAGUCUGGAAUUGACUAAGGAGAAUUGUAAGAGAAACAACGAGCCCACUUCAAUCCAAAGUAGUGUGGACAAGGGAGACAAAACUGUGAAUUCGAAAAAUUCAAAUGCUAAUCCUGAAGAAAUUGCUGCAGCAAUUCCUCAGGAAAAUGCAACAGAGAAGCCAAUGAGCAAGCCACCUCCACCAUUUCCUCAACUUUUUCAAAAGCAGCAACAAGAUGGUCAAUUCCGAAGAUUUUUGGAUGUUUUGAAGCAACUCCACAUCAACAUACCGUUGGUGGACGCUUUGGAACAAAUGCCUAAUUAUGUGAAGUUCUUGAAGGAUAUUUUGACAAAGAAGAGGAGGAUUGGUGAAUUUGAAACGGUUGCUUUGACUGAAGGUUGUAGUGCUAUAUUGAAGAAUAAAAUUCCUCCAAAGUUGAAGGAUCCGGGCAAUUUCACAAUUCCAAUUUCUAUUGGGGGAUGA